GCGACUCCCCCAGCCAAUCAGAACGCUCCGCGCCGGUGACUCCACUCCCGCUUCCCCUCACCCCCACGCCCACACGAGGUGGAAUCUUCCAGUCUCGGACUGCUUUUUCCCCCCAGCGGGGCCAAUGCGGCUGCGCGUCGCGCCCUGAUUGGCCAAGAGCUGCGAGCUGCGCGCGCAAGCGCCCAACUCGGUUGCUAAGGGCGGGAGCCCGCCGAGGGCGCCGGUGGCUGGAGUUGUCUCAGGCCCACGUCGAAGCCUGCCCGCACUCGCCAUGCCGAACCGCAGGGCCAGCCGCAAUGCUUACUACUUCUUCGUGCAGGAGAAGAUCCCCGAGCUACGGAGGCGAGGCCUGCCGGUGGCUCGCGUAGCUGAUGCCAUCCCCUACUGCUCCUCAGACUGGGCGCUCCUGAGGGAGGAAGAAAAGGAGAAAUACGCAGAAAUGGCUCGAGAAUGGAGGGCUGCCCAAGGAAAGGACUCUGGGCCUUCAGAGAAGCAGAAACCUGUUUCCACACCACUGAGGAAGCCAGGCAUGCUUGUACCAAAGCAGAAUGUUUCACUCCCAGAUAUGUCAAGUUUGUCUCUAAAAAGUGAUCAAGCUCUCCUGGGUGGCAUUUUUUAUUUUUUGAACAUUUUUAGCCAUGGUGAGCUGCCGCCUCAUUGUGAACAGCGCUUCCUCCCUUGUGAAAUUGGCUGUGUUAAAUAUUCUCUCCAAGAAGGUAUUAUGGCAGAUUUCCACAGUUUUAUAAAUCCUGGUGAAAUUCCACGAGGAUUUCGGUUUCAUUGUCAGGCUGCAAGUGAUUCUAGUCACAAGAUUCCUAUUUCAAACUUUGAAUCUGGGCAUGACCAAGCAACUGUGUUACAAAACCUUUAUAGAUUUAUUCAUCCAUACCCAGGGAACUGGCCACCUAUAUACUGCAAGUCUGAUGAUAGAGCCAGAGUCAACUGGUGUUUGAAGCAUAUGGCAAAGGCAUCAGAAAUCAGGCAAGAUCUAGAACUUCUCACUGUAGAGGACCUUGUAGUGGGGAUCUACCAGCAAAAAUUUCUCAAGGAGCCCUCCAAGACCUGGGUUCGAAGUCUCUUAGAUGUGGCCAUGUGGGAUUACUCUAGCAACACAAGGUGCAAAUGGCAUGAAGAAAAUGAUAUUCUCUUCUGUGCUUUAGCUGUUUGCAGGAAGAUUGCGUACUGCAUCAGUAAUUCUCUGGCUACUCUCUUUGGAAUCCAGCUCACAGAAGCUCAUGUACCACUACAAGAUUAUGAGGCCAGCAAUAGUGUGACUCCAAAAAUGGUUGUAUUGGAUGCAGGGCGUUACCAGAAGCUAAGGGUUGAGAGUCCAGGAUUCUCUCAUUUCAACUAUUCUAAUCAGGAACAAAGAUCAAACACACCCAUUGGUGACUACCCAUCUGGGGUGAAAAUUUCUGGCCAAAACAGCAGUGUUCGGGGAAGAGGGAUUACCCGCUUACUAGAGAGCAUCUCCAAUUCCUCCAGCAAUAUCCACAAAUUCUCCAACUGUGAGACUUCACUCUCACCUUAUAUGUCCCAAAAGGAUGGAUACAAAUCUUUCUCUUCCUUUUCUUAAUGAUGGUACUUUUUUCAAUUUCUAGAAAAAUAACAGGCCCAACUUCCCUUUUGACUACAGUCAUAUUAAACAAACAGAUCACAUCAAUGAUAACUAUCACGACUGUAAAAACUACCUAAUUUGUAAGGAAAUUCUAUUUCAUAGAUUAAAAAUAAUUGUGGUUGGAGAAGAUCUUGGCAUUUUUGCUUUUUUUAUUUUUUCAGGGAUUGUUGUACUUCCUGACUGUAUGAUGGGUAUACUAUUCAAGUUUUGAGUUCUGUAAGAACAAAACUGGCAUUUUCAGAGUUGUGUUUUUGGGAAUGUUAUAAAUUGAUAAUAACUUUCCCCCAACAAUAAAAGUAUCAAAUAUCUGUUAUGAAAGGUUCUAAAA